UUUUUCCGGGUUUUUUUGGUGUUCCCCCCCUGCUCCUCCUCCUCCUCCUCCUCCCGGGAUCGCUCCCGGCCAUGGAGGGCUCGGGACCCCCGGGGGGGGCGCGGGGGUCGCCGCCCCCCUGAAGGCACCGGCGGGAAAGAUUCCCGUUUUCCCCGACGAUGGAAAAGCUCCUGCUCCCUCUCCUCCUCCUCCUCUUCUUCUUCUUCUUCUUCUUCUUCUCCUCCUCCUCCUUGGCCGCCGUUGCCGCUCCAUCCCCGGGUUCUCCGCCGUGCCCCAAGCGCUGCUCGUGCCAGAACCUCUCGCCGUCCUUCACCAUCCUGUGCACCAAGACCGGGCUGCUCUUUGUGCCGCCGGGCAUCGACCGGCGCACGGCCGAGCUGCGCCUGAUGGACAACUUCAUCACGGUGCUGCGGCGCCGCGACUUCGCCAACAUGACGCAGCUGAUCCACCUGACGCUGUCGCGCAACACCAUCAGCCAGAUCAUGCCCUUGGCCUUCGCCGACCUGCGGGGGCUGCACGCGCUGCACCUGGACAGCAACCGCCUGACGGCCAUCACCGACGAGCACUUCAAGGGGUUAAUUAAUCUGAGGCAUCUUAUUUUGAGUAAUAACCAGCUGAGCUUCAUCUCGCCCCGCUCGCUGGAUGAUUUCCUGGAGACCAUCGAGGAUCUGGACCUGUCCUACAACAACCUGGUGGAUGUCCCGUGGGGCACGGUGGCCAAGCUGUCCAACGUCAACACGGUGAGUUUGGAUCACAACCUCAUCGAGUUCGUGCCCGAAGGGAUUUUCUCCAACCUGCACAAGCUGGCCCGGCUGGACAUGACCUCCAACAAGCUCAAGAAGAUCCCGCCGGACCCGCUCUUCUCCCGCAUCCCCGUUUACGCCAAGUCCAAGGGCUCGCCGCUGAGCUCGCUGGUGCUGAGCUUCGGCGGGAACCCGCUGCACUGCAACUGCGAGCUGGUGUGGCUGCGGCGCCUGACGCGCGAGGACGACCUGGAGACGUGCGCGUCGCCGCCGGAGCUGAUGGGCAAAUACUUCUGGAGCAUCCGCGAGGAGGAGUUCGUGUGCGAGCCGCCCAUGAUCACGCACCGCACCCCGCGCCUGGCGGCCGCCGCCGGCCACAGCGCCUCGCUCAAGUGCAAGGCCGUGGGCGACCCCGAGCCCUACGUGCGCUGGAUCGCGCCCGACGGCAAGCUGGUGGCCAACACCUCCAGGACGGUGUCGUACCAGAACGGGACCCUGGACAUCCUGGAGGCGGCGCCCGGCGACCAGGGCACCUUCACGUGCAUCGCCUCCAACGCCGCCGGCGAGUCCACGGCGCCCGUGGAGCUCCGCGUGCUGCCCGAGGGCAACGGCACCGAGUGCGAGGAUGAGGAGGGGAGGAAGGCGGCCACGGCCGGGCCGGAGCCCUCGGACAUCCUGAUCUCGGCCAAGUCGAGCUUCUCCAACGAGUCCAAGCUGGAGAGGGGGGAGCGGGGCGGGGUGGUGGUGGCCGAGGUGACGGCGACGUCGGCGCUGGUGCGGUGGCCGCCGCAGGACGGCCUGGAGGGGCUGAGGAUGUACCAGCUGCAGUACAACAGCUCGGCCGACGAGAUCCUCGUCUACCGGAUGAUCCCGGCGCCCAGCUCGUCGUUCUCGCUGUCGGAGCUGGCGCCGGGCCGGCACUACGAGCUGUGUGUGCUGGCCGUGUGCCCUGGGCUGGGAAUGGGAAACACUGGGAAAAUUGGGAAAUUCAGCUGGGAAAUAGGGAAAUUUGGGGAAAAAUGGAUGGAAGAGGUGAUGGAGAAAUGGGAGAUAGGGAUGAGAAAGGGUCUGGUAAAUAGGGAAAGAAUGGCUGAAAAACAUGGAAAAAAGGUGGAAAAUAUGGGAAAAUAAUGGGAAAAAUGGAUGGAAAAGGGUUGGGAAAAUUGGGAAGUAGAGUUGGAAAAGUGUCUGGAAAUAGGGAUAAAAGGGGUCAAAGAACACGGAAAAACGGCUGAAAAAUAAGGAAAAAAUUUGAAAAAAUAUGUAAAAAAUUAGGAAAAAUGAAUGGAAAAAUGUUGGAAAAAUAGGGAAAAACUGGUCAAACGCCAUGGAAAAAUGGCCGAAAAAUGCGGAAAAAAAUGG